GGUCUCGAAUGUUUGACUGAUGAGAUAGCCACAUGGAGGCAAAUGUCUUCACAGCCGCACGUGCUGCCGCCGUCAGCGGAUGCUUUUCUCUCUGUCAUUGACCCAAGAAGAAACCUUAAUAACGGUGGAAUGACACUUACCUACGGCUACUCCGGCUCACUGAGUAUUCCCUACAACCAGGCAGCCUCUCAGGGAGAAUAUAUGACAGGUCGGCCGCCCUCAGAGUACAAUCUGCCCACUCAACCCUCCCCAGGACAGAUGGUGCACAAUUCAAGAACAAUGCUACCACCGCUGCCCCCACAAGGAUUGCAAGUGAAAGCCCUAUAUGCUCAUGUCGCAAGUAAUGAGAGUCAACUCAAGUUCAACCCAGGUGAAAUGUUGACCUUGAUCGGAGAUCCUGCCGAAGGCUGGAACUAUGGUUACAACCCU